UUGUUUUAUUCUUUUACUCUUAUUUUACCGUUUCUAACUCGUGUAAACUCGUGUUUAAUCCAGGAAGAGCCAAACCCAACCCCUUUAAAUGGCCAAAAUUGGUUGGCUCCUGCACACAUUUGCACUAUUGACCUUAAUAUUUCUUAAUUCUGUACUUUAUAUCCUGGUGCACAAAGACAAGAGUGUUUCAUUAGCCUUUUCACCAUCAAAAGAAUGGCGACAUAGUUCAAAUAUCUCACACAGGAGCGUUCAAUCCCAGAAGAACUUCAGUAAUAAUCUUCACUUAUCUGCUGAUCCCAGGACUCAGGCUAGUUCUCUUAGAGAUCAGUGUAGCAUAGCUGUGGAGAGCCGCAUCGACUGUGGCCGUGACAGAUCUUUGACUCGGGCCAAUUGUGAGGGGAGAGGAUGCUGCUAUGUGCCUCUACCUCAGUCUGGACUAAGAGGACCACCAUGGUGUUUCUACCCAGUCCGUUACCCAGGCUACAAAAUGGGGCCCUUGUUGACCACAGAGAGGGGCCAAAGGGCCAUGCUGACCCGUUCUGUACCCUCAUACCUGCCCCGGGACAUCCCCACAUUGCAGCUAGAUGUGAUGGCCGAGUCUUUGGGUCGUCUUCACCUCACUCUGAAAGAUCCAGCAUCUCAACGAUACGAGGUCCCCUUUGUGACGUCCAAAACCAGGGGCCACAAAGACACACAAAACCCCCUCUAUGAUGUUGACUUCCAACCAGAUCCAUUUGGGUUUAUUGUACGGCGAAAAUCCAAUGGCCGUGUUCUUUUGAAUACUACAAUAGGCCCCCUCCUGUUUGCGGAUCAGUAUCUACAGCUCUCCACCAGCAUGGCUUCCUCUGUGAUAUCUGGACUGGGUGAACAUUACACCCCCAUCACGCUGGACCUCAACUGGAGCUCUGUUUCAUUAUGGAACAGAGACAUGGCACCACAUAGAAGUGCCAACCUGUAUGGCUCCCACCCUUUCUUCCUAGUCCAAGAAGGCGAUGGACAGGCACAUGGAGUCUUUCUUCUCAACAGCAACACAAUGGAAGUGUUAUUGCAGCCCUCUCCGGCAUUGACAUGGGUGACCGUCGGAGGAAUACUGGACUUCUACAUCUUCUUAGGCCCCAGUCCUCAGAGUGUGAUACAGCAGUACCAUGAGGUUAUAGGUUAUCCUAUGAUGCCACCCUACUGGUCGCUGGGCUUCCACCUCUGUCGCUGGGGUUAUACGUCCACCAACGUCACAAGAACAGUGGUACAGCUCAUGCGCCAGGCCAAGAUCCCUCUAGAUGUACAGUGGAAUGACCUUGAUUAUGCGGACCAAAGAAGAGUGUUUACUUUUGAUCCACAACGGUUUGGAGAUCUGCCCCAGAUGGUUGAAGAGAUCCAUCAGCUGGGCAUGAAGUAUGUGCUCAUUCUGGAUCCAGGCAUCAGCAGUACGAGUCGUCCUGGUUCAUACAAACCCUUUGAUGAUGGGCUGAAGAGGGGAGUGUUCAUCACCAACUCCACUGGACAGAUCCUAAUUGGGAAGGUAUGGCCAGGUCUAACUGCGUUCCCAGAUUUCACCAAUCCUACAACACAGGACUGGUGGAUGGACUGUAUCAGAGCCUUUCACAACAAGGUACCUGUGGAUGGACUCUGGAUAGACAUGAAUGAGCCGUCAAAUUUUGUCCAGGGAUCUGUGGAUGGAUGUCCUGACUCUGACUUGGAGAAACCUCCUUAUACUCCAGGUGUAAUAGGAGGUCAGUUAAACUCAGGAACUGUGUGUAUGUCUGCUCAGCAGUAUCUGUCUAAUCAUUACAAUCUGCACAAUCUCUACGGUCUGACCGAGGCCAUCGCCACCCACAGGGCAUUGUUCAAAGUAAAGGGCACUCGUCCUUUUGUCCUAUCCCGGUCGUCUUUUCCAGGACUGGGCCGUUUCUCUGCACACUGGACAGGAGAUGUGCAGAGUGACUGGGAGCAAAUGCGCUUUUCAAUACCUGCUGUGCUCCUGUUUGGACUCUAUGGCGUUCCCUUUGUGGGGGCUGAUGUAUGUGGAUUUGGUGGAGACACUACUGAAGAACUGUGUGUGCGCUGGACACAACUCGGAGCCUUUUACCCUUUCAUGAGAAACCAUAACGACAAACCCAAUGCUCCCCAAGAGCCAUAUGUAUUUAGCCAGCAAGCCCAAGAUGCCAUGAGGACUGUGACUACACUGCGAUACUCUCUCCUGCCCUUCCUCUACACACUGUUCCAUCAUGCGCACAUCUCCGCCAGCACCGUGGCACGCUCCCUCUUCCUUGAGUUCCCCACUGAUCCAAAUUGCCAGACCAUUGACAGGCAGUUCCUGUGGGGGAGUUCACUGCUUAUCAGUCCCGUCCUGGAACAGGGAGCAGUGGAGGUGACGGCUUAUCUCCCGCCGGGGACUUGGUACAGUCUGCACAAUGGGCAAGCAUAUCACAGUAAAGGGCAAUACAUUUUGUUUCCUGCCGCUUUGGACACCAUUAACAUUCAAGUGAGAGAGGGGAGCAUCAUCCCGCAGCAGGUUCCCGGAUUGACGACUACAGCAUCUCGCAGAAACCCUUUCACUCUGAUCGUGGCACUGUCUGCAGAAAAUUGGGCCAAAGGGGAUCUUUUCUGGGAUGAUGAGGAAAGUCUGGACACUUUUGAGAGGGGAGAUUACUCAUAUGUUCUCUUUUUUGCCAAAGAGUCUUAUGUGGUCAGUAAGCCAGUCAAAUUAAACAGAUCUCUCGAUCAUUUGGUCCUCGGGGAAGUAAGUGUUUUCGGAGUUCAGACUCGACCUACAGCAGUGUGGGCCAACGGGCAAAAGGUUCAUGACUUCUCGUACAGCACAGACACCAAGGUUCUUACAGUGCCUGGACUGGACUUACCCAUGACAGCCAUGUUCACCGUACAGUGGACCUGAUGAGAAAUCUCUGCUGUGUAAAUGUUCUGUGCUUUGGAUUUGUGUAAUGUGAAUUGCUUUGGUCUUCCAAAUGCAUAAAUGUAAUAAUGAUCAGCAUGUCAUUAUUUUUUUAAA